UGUAUGUACACAAACAACAUAUCGCCACUACGCCGUUAUGACUAGUCGCAAAUUGAACGUUGCAAUGAUGGGAUCUCCUCGAGGAAUCAAGUGUUUUAUCAUAACGCUCGGGACUCUUAGUUCACUGUAUACCGGAAGCUCUGCAAAUGUCUUCUAUUCACCGGAUGAAAAGUUCACGGCGAGGAUGGGUCAACUGGAAACAAUGAUGCUAAAUCGAUUAGAUGAACGCAUGGAUUCAUUCGAACGAAGGUUAGAGCAAAAACUAGGACAACAGUUCACCGCUAUGCAAAAAGCUACUGAUAUUAAAUGGUUGAAACUUAAUGAUAAAUUUACCGAAAUGAAGAACGUCAUUGCUCAAAAUUCCGGCGCCUACUUCACCUCAUGCCGUACCGUUCCGUCUGAGUUCAGCAACGUCUUCAUGAUUCGACCACCGGGGAUCAACACGCAACCGUUCCUGGCCUACUGUGAGCAAGAUUUCCUCGGCGGUGGAUGGAUCGUAAUUCAUAAGCGUUUCGAUGGAUCGCUGAAUUUCACACGUUCCUGGGUGGAGUACCGGGAAGGUUUCGGGGAUCCGGAUGGCGAGCAUUGGAUGGGUCUGGACAAGAUUCAUAAGAUAACACGGUCCGGUGAUUACGAGUUGCUGGUGCAGUUAAAGGAUUUCGACGGGACUGGCAAACUGGCUUUGUACGACGGUUUUCAGGUGGACGGCGAGGGAGCAAAGUACAAGCUUAGGUUCGGGCAGUUUGUUCAUGGGAAUGCCGAAAAUUCGUUGGAUCCUAGCAACGGCGCCAGGUUCUCGACGUUUGAUCAGGAUAAUGAUCAGCACGGGGAAGGAUCGUGUGCAGAUUUUUACGAGAGUGGUUGGUGGUUCAAGAAUUGUAUGAACGCGAAUUUAAAUGGACUGUAUCAGCGGUAUGACAAGAGCAAUAAGACUAUGAAUUGGUUUGGAUUCAGGAAUGACCUUCAAGGGCUCAAAGAAGCUUCCAUGAUGAUUCGUGAAAAAGUCAAAGUUUGAUAUGUAUUGAGAAUUUAUCAUUGCACAUUUUCCAUACUUUUCCGGAUAUCUUUCUAGCAUAAUUUUACAAGAUUGUAUC